CACGGGAUCUCGUACCAGUAAAGAUUUAUAUAAGGCAGAUCAUGCUUUGUCUUAAUCAACAACCAAUGGUGAGAUUUAAGAAAUGAAAUAUAGAGGAUAUGGGAAAAAGGUAGAAGGUUGGGGACGGAAGCGACGAAGGGUGUGUACAGUGCUGUAGUGGACGGUAGCGGGCGAGUUCUUGAGCAGUGGACCCCCAUUUAUGUGAAGCCACAGCCACAGCACCGCCUCCACCUUCUUCAUUUGAUCAUCGCUUUUCCCUUUACAUCCAAAUUCCCAUGCUUCCUUUUUCUUCUCCUGCUCGCCGUGCCCACUUCUUCUCCCAGGUCUCUAAAUCUAAUCUUAAUUUCUCUCUUCUCCCACCUUGGCUUUAAUCUAGUUUUGAAUCCCAUUAUUUUAUUGCUGCAGUUGGAUCCAGCUCCCCCUCAUGCCUCCACCGCCGAAUGCCGACGACGCCGCCGUCGAAUGCUACGCCUGUACUCAGGCCGGCGUUCCCGCGUUCCACUCCACGAGCUGCGGCCAGUGGGAGGCCUCCGCCGGCUCCUCCCUCGUCCCCAUCCAAUUUCGCCCCACACAGACCAAUCCCCCCUCGGGUCGAUUCGGGGGCGUUCUCGACCCGAGGACCAAGCGGGUCCAGACAUGGAAUCGCGCUCUCCUCCUCGCACGUGGCAUCGCCCUCGCGGUUGAUCCCCUCUACCUCUACGCCCUCUCCAUCGGGAGAGGCGGCUCGCCCUGCCUCUACAUGGACGGCGGGUUGGCCGCCGUCGUCACCGCUGUCCGUACGUGCGUGGAUGUGCUCCACCUGUGGCACGUGUGGCUGCAGUUCCGGCUCGCCUACGUGUCCAGGGAGAGCAUGGUGAUUGGCUGCGGCAAACUCGUGUGGGACGCACGUGCCAUCGCUUCCCAUUACGUCCGCUCCUUCAAGGGCUUCUGGCUCGAUGCCUUCGUCAUUCUCCCAAUCCCUCAGAUUGUUUAUUGGUUGGUUUUACCAAAACUGAUCAGAGAAGAGAAAAUCAAAGUUAUAAUGACAGUAAUCUUAUUAAUGUUCUUGUUCCAAUUCCUCCCAAAAGUCUACCACUCCAUUAUUUUAAUGAGAAGAAUGCAGAAGGUCACUGGUUACAUCUUUGGCACCAUUUGGUGGGGCUUUGGCCUCAAUCUCAUUGCCUAUUUCAUUGCCUCUCAUGUCGCUGGGGGCUGCUGGUAUGUUCUUGCAAUACAGCGAGUUGCUUCUUGCAUCCAGCAGCAUUGUGAGAGGAACAAGUGCAACCUAUCUCUGUCUUGCUCCGAGGAGGUCUGUUAUCAGUUUCUUGCAACGGCUACGACAGUUGGAAAUCCGUGUGGUCGACAUUCGACCGCAACAUUUAGGAAGGCGUUAUGCUUGGAUGUUAAUGGUCCGUUCCGCUAUGGUAUCUACAAGUGGGCUCUUCCAGUCAUUUCUAGCAAUUCGGUUGCAGUCAAAAUCCUUUAUCCCAUCUUUUGGGGCUUAAUGACUCUUAGCACCUUUGGCAAUGAUCUGGAGCCGACGAGUCAGUGGCUAGAAGUAUGCUUCAGUAUCUGCACGGUGCUCAGUGGAUUGCUGCUUUUCACUCUUUUGAUUGGUAAUAUCCAGGUACUUUUGCACGCCGUCAUGGCGAGGAGGCGGAAAAUGCAGCUGAGAUGUCGAGAUUUGGAGUGGUGGAUGAGGAGACGACAAUUGCCAUCUCGUUUGAGACACCGAGUUCGACACUACGAACACCAGCGAUGGGCAACCAUGGGUGGAGAAGAUGAGAUGGAACUAAUCAAAGACUUGCCUGAAGGUCUUAGAAGAGACAUUAAGCGCCAUCUUUGUGUUGAUCUUAUCAGAAAGGUACCUCUGUUCCAAAACCUGGAUGAGCUUAUUCUCGACAACAUCUGUGAUCGAGUCAAGCCACUUGUAUUCUCCAAAGAUGAAAAGAUUAUUAGAGAAGGAGAUCCUGUUCCAAGGAUGUUGUUCAUAGUGCGUGGAUGUGUAAAGAGUAGCCAAAGCCUGAGCAAGGGCAUGACAGCGACAAGCUUGAUCGAACCGGGAGGGUUUCUUGGUGACGAGCUGCUAUCGUGGUGUCUUCGACGCCCGUUUCUCGAGAGGCUUCCAGCUUCAUCAGCGACAUUUGUUUGCAUCGAACCAACAGAAGCAUUUGCCCUGAAUGCAGACCAUUUGAAAUACAUAACCGAUCACUUCCGCUACAAGUUCGCCAACGAGAGACUUAAGAGAACGGCGAGAUAUUACUCUUCCAACUGGAGAACAUGGGCGGCCGUGAACAUACAAUUUGCCUGGCGUCACUACAGAAAGAGGACGAGACGUCCAGUGAUUGCUGUGGUGGAAAACGGAAGCCAUGAACGUCGACUUUUGCGGUAUGCUGCAAUGUUCAUGUCGUUCAGACCACACGACCAUCUUGAAUAGUAAACUUGCCUCCAAUUCUUCAAUUCUUUUCUAAAGCCAUUCAUCCAUAUCAUUUUCAUAUUAUUCUAUCUCUAUCCAUGUCUCUCAGGAAAGACAUGGAAUUGAAAAUGAAUGUUUAGAGAGUAGUGACAUGUAGUUAGGUGUUUCUCAUUUAGUUGGAAAAUGAGAUGUAUUUUAAUGCCAAGAUGGAGCUAUCUAUAUAUAUACAAACAUUUUCCACCUCGA